CAGCCCUGCCUCCUUUCUCAUUGGACUGCGCGGCCAAGCCAAACUGUCAGCCCAUGUGGCGUGGCCAGGCAGAAUGUGAGACAUUUAAAUUCACCAGAGGCAAAAAAAGAGACUCAAAGAAGCUGGGAGGCUGGCGUUAACCCUACAGGCAGCGGACACGACAGAGGCUGACAUUCCCCGCUGCGGUUACAGUAAAGAGGAGCUCAACCUGGGAAACACCGUAAUUCAGCAUGGAUGACAUAGUCAUAGCAGGGAUAUCGGGCCGUCUGCCCGAGUCCAACAACCUGGAGGAAUUCUGGGAAAACCUCAUCAAUGGUGUGGACAUGGUGACGGAGGACGACCGGCGGUGGACACCAGGUCUUCACGGUCUUCCAAAGAGGAACGGUAAACUGAAGGACAUCAGCCACUUUGAUGCAGCCUUCUUUGGAGUCCACGCCAAACAGGCUAACACCAUGGACCCCCAGCUCCGUCUCAUGCUGGAGGUGGCCUACGAGUCCAUCGUGGAUGGAGGACUGAACCCGGCCGCUCUGCGUGGCAGUAAGACGGGCGUCUACAUUGGGGUGAGCGGCUCGGAGGCCGGCGAGGCGUUCAGCAGAGAUCCGGAGGAGCUGCUGGGCUACAGCAUGACCGGCUGCCAGCGCGCCAUGUUGGCCAACAGACUCUCCUACUUCUUCGACUUCAGCGGCCCCAGCACGGCCAUCGACACAGCCUGCUCCUCUAGCUUGCUGGCUUUAGAAAACGCCUUCCACGCCAUUCGCCAGGGCCACUGUGAUGCAGCACUGGUUGGGGGGGUCAACCUGCUGCUGAAGCCCAACACCUCGGUGCAGUUCAUGAAACUGGGCAUGCUCAGUCCUGAGGGGACCUGCAAGUCCUUCGACUCAUCAGGAAAUGGAUACUGCCGUUCUGAGGCUGCAGUGGCGGUGCUGCUGACCAAGCGAUCGGCGGCUAAAAGGGUCUAUGCCACAGUGGUCAAUGCUGGCAACAACACAGACGGAUACAAAGAGCAGGGUGUCACGUUCCCUUCAGGUGAGAUGCAGCAGAGGCUGGUUCGUUCUCUGUACCAGGAGGCCAAUAUAUCACCCGAGGAGGUGGAAUACGUGGAAGCCCACGGCACGGGAACAAAGGUUGGCGACCCCCAGGAAGUGAACGGCAUCGUCGGUGUCUUCUGUCAAUCGGCGCGAGAGCCUCUGCUCAUGGGCUCCACCAAGUCCAACAUGGGCCAUCCCGAACCGGCCUCUGGUCUGGCUGCUGUGGCUAAGGUGUUGCUUUCUUUAGAGCGAGGACUCUGGGCUCCCAACCUUCACUUCAGCUGUCCUAACCCUGACAUUCCAGCCCUCUCCGAUGGGCGGGUUCAAGUGGUCGACCGGCCCAUUCCCGUCCGAGGCGGCAUCGUAGGCAUCAACUCCUUCGGAUUUGGAGGUUCAAAUGUUCAUGUGAUCCUUCGUCCGGCUGAGAAACCAACUGAAGCGCCCGCACUGCCCAGGACUCUCCCGAGGGUGCUCCAGGCCUGUGGGCGCACAGAGGCCGCCGUGGAGGCCAUGCUCCAAAAGGGGAAGGAACACGCAUCAGACGACAGCUUCCUGUCUCUGCUGAAUGAGCUUUCAGGAGCUCCUGUUGCCAGCAUGCCCUACCGGGGCUACGCUCUGAUUGGCUCUCAGAGCGACGUCAAGGAGGUGCAGCAGGUGCAGGCUACCGCCAGGCCGCUCUGGUACGUCUGUUCAGGUAUGGGAACACAGUGGGCCGGUAUGGGCCGCAGUCUCAUGCAGCUGCCGGACUUCAGGGAGUCCAUCCUGCGGUCAGACGCAGCCCUGAGGGACACUGGCCUUGUUGUGUCUGGCCUACUCAUGGACGCAGACGAAGCCACUUUUGAGGACACUGUUCACGCCUUUGUCGGCCUCGCCGCCAUACAGAUAGCUGAGAUUGACCUGCUCACUAAGAUGGGUCUGCAGCCCGACGGCAUCGUGGGCCACUCGGUGGGAGAGCUGGCCUGUGGCUACGCUGACGGCUCCCUCAGCCACACUGAGGCCAUCCUGGCUGCCUACUGGAGAGGCCGCUGCAUCAAGGAAGCCAACCUUCCUCCUGGAGGCAUGGCUGCUAUUGGGUUGACCUGGGAGGAGUGCAUGGCUCAGUGUCCUAAGGGAGUGGUCCCAGCCUGCCACAACUCUGAGGACACCGUCACCAUCUCCGGUCCUCAGGAGGCAAUCAGUACAUUUGUGUCCGAGCUGAAAGAGCAGGGAGUGUUUGCAAAGGAGGUGCGCAGUGCUGGUGUGGCUUUCCACUCCUACUACAUGGCCUCCAUCGCUCCAACCCUGCUGGCUGCCCUGAAGAAGGUGAUCAAGGAGCCACGACAGCGUUCUCCCCGCUGGGUGAGCACCAGCAUCCCUCAGUCUCAGUGGGACUCUCCUCUGGCUCAGUACAGUUCGGCCGACUACCACGUCAACAACCUGGUGAGCCCCGUUCUGUUCCACGAGGGGCUCAGUCUGGUGCCUGAAAACGCCGUGGUGGUGGAGAUAGCUCCUCAUGCUCUGCUGCAGGCCAUCCUGAAGCGUAGCUUGAAGCACACAUGUUCCAUCCUGCCCUUGAUGAAGAGAGGCCACACCAACAACCUUGAGUUCUUCCUCUCAAACAUUGGCAAAAUCUACAUGAACGGCAUCAAUGUGGAUGGUAACGGCCUCUGCCCAGUGGUGAAGUACCCCGUACCAGUCGGUACCCCUCUGAUCUCCCCCUUGAUGCAGUGGGACCACGCCCAGACCUGGGAUGUCCCCAAGGUAGAGGAUUUUUCCUGUGGCUCAGGAGGAUCCAAUUCUGCCACUGUGUAUAAUAUCGACAUAAACCCAGAGUCUACAGACUACUACAUGAUUGGACACUGCAUUGAUGGGCGUGUCCUGUACCCAGCGACGGGUUACCUGGUACUGGCCUGGCGUACCCUGGUGAGAAGUCUGGGGGUUGUCAUGGACAGCACCCCUGUGAUCUUUGAGGACGUCACCAUCCACAGGGCCACCAUCCUGCCGAAGAGUGGCUCUGUCCAGUUGAAGGUGCAUCUCAUGCCUGCCACCAACAGGUUUGAAGUUUCAGAGAAUGGAAACCUGGCUGUCAGUGGUAAGGUGAGCAUUCUGGAGGACACAGCCCUUGAUUCAUUCCAUACUCAGAUAGGUCAGCAUGUUGCAAACAACGAUGAAGACCCCAAAAUGAAGCUUACAGCACAUGAUGUCUACAAAGAGCUGCGACUGCGCGGCUAUGACUAUGGAAAGACCUUCCAAGGCAUCCUGGAGUCCAACAAUGCAGGAGACAGGGGCAAACUUCAGUGGACAGGGAACUGGGUGACCUUCCUGGACAACAUGCUGCAGAUGAUCGUGGUCGGGCUGUCGGGUCGUAGUCUGCGUCUGCCUACCAGGAUCCGCUCAGUGUGUGUUGAUCCGGCUGUCCAUCUGGAGAAGGUCUGCCAGCACACUGAUGGACAGCCAGCCAUGGAUGUCCACGUAAACCGCUGCCUCGACAACAUUGUUGCUGGUGGGGUCCAGAUCUGCGGUCUUCACGCCACUGUGGCCCCCCGUCGACAGCAGCAGCAGAGUCCCCCCACCCUGGAGGAGUUUGUGUUUGUUCCCUAUGUGGACACAGAGUGCCUGACAGCUAAUGGGAAACUUGCAGACCAGCUGAGGCUCUGUAAAGGUUUAACCCAAAGACUGCAGAAAAAGUUGGCCCAUCAUGGUGUCAAGCUCUCCAUCCCCGGGCUACAGGGGGAGUCAGAAGGCCCUCUUCCCAGCCCCGAGCCCUCGGAGCCGGGCCUGGUGCGGCUGCUGGCCCUGCUCUGUGGUCUGGAGCUGAACGGGAACCUUCGAUCUGAACUGGAACAGACUGUGGAGAAGGAAAGGGCGUGUCUGCUGCAGGAUGGCCUGCUGCAGGGCCUGCUAGACAGCCCAGCCCUCAGACACUGCCUGGACACCACCAUAGAAAACAGCACGCCCGGCAAGAUCAAAGUCCUGGAGGCCCUUUCCAACGAUGGCCAGCUCUUCUCUCGCAUGGUAGCGCUCCUCAACAUCCAGCCCAUGCUGCGUGUGGACUACACCGCCACGGCGCCCAACCUGGACCUUCUGACCCCCCACCAGGCCACACUGGAGGAGCUGGCGGUCUCCUCGGCUCAGUGGGACCCUGCGACGGGCCCGGCUCCCGAAGGCGUUCUAGGCGGAGCAGACCUUGUGGUGUGUAACCACGCUUGGGGCCCUCUAAGGACGGACCCUGGACUCCUGGUGGCCAACCUUGCUUCCGGAGCCAAACAAGGGGGCUUUGUUCUCCUCCACACACUGCUGAAGGGAGAGACCCUGGGGGAAACGGUUGCCUUCCUCUCUAGUACCACUGAGAGCAGCAGCCGGCAAGGAUUGCUCACACAGGCUGAGUGGCAGAAGGUGUUCUCCGAGGCCUCCCUCAGCCUGGUGGCUUUAAGGAAGUCCUUUUAUGGUGCGGCCCUUUUUCUGUGUCGCUGCCAGCCGCCAAGCAAACAGCCCAUAUUCCUACCUGUGGACGCCACCGACUACAAGUGGGUGGAAACACUAAAGGCGAAGAUGGCAGAGUCAUCAGACUCUCCAGUGUGGUUGACUGCCUCUAAGGCCCACUGUGGCAUUGUGGGACUGGUCAAUUGUCUACGGCAGGAGUCAGGUGGCAACCGAAUACGCUGUGCUUUCGUGUCCAAUUUAAACGAGUGUUCAUCAGCGCCGAGCCUCCAGCCGGCCCACGAGUCCAUGCAGUCGGUGCUGGAGGGGGAUCUGGUCAUGAACGUGUUCAGAGACGGACACUGGGGCGUCUUCAGGCACCAGCUCAUUACUCAAGAUUUAAAUGAGGAAUUGACGGAGCAGGCCUACGUCAAUGUGUUGACCCGAGGUGACCUGUCCUCUCUGCGCUGGAUCGCCUCCCCGCUCCGCCACUUUGUGACCAGCAACCCCAAUGUGCAGCUGUGUCGCGUCUACUACAGCUCACUCAACUUCAGAGAUAUAAUGCUGGCCACCGGCAAACUGCCACCAGACGCUAUUCCAGGUGACCUAGCUCUGCAGCAGUGCAUGUUGGGUAUGGAGUUUUCCGGUCGUGACCCGACGGGUCAACGUGUGAUGGGGCUGCUGCCGGCCAAAGGCCUUGCAACAAGUGUGGACGCUGACAAACGCUUUCUCUGGGAUGUUCCCUCCAGCUGGACACUGGAGCAGGCAGCCUCAGUGCCGGUGGUCUACGCCACGGCCUACUACUCUCUGGUGGUGCGCGGCAGGCUCCGCCCCGGAGAGACUGUUCUCAUCCACUCAGGGUCAGGGGGAGUCGGCCAGGCUGCCAUCGCCAUAGCACUGAGCAAGAACUGUAAAGUCUUCACUACCGUCGGCUCAGUAGAGAAGAGGGCCUACCUGCAGGAGAGGUUCCCUCAGCUCUCAGCAGAGUCCUUUGCGAACUCCAGAGACGCCUCUUUUGAACAGCACAUCCUGCUACACACACAGGGCAAAGGUGUGGAUGUGGUGCUGAACUCUCUGGCUGAGGAGAAGCUACAGGCUAGUAUCCGCUGCCUGGCCAGACAUGGACGAUUCCUGGAGAUCGGCAAAUUCGACCUGUCCAACAACUCCCCACUGGGCAUGGCUCUGUUCCUGAAGAACGUGGCGUUCCACGGCAUCCUGCUGGAUGCUCUCUUUGAAGAGGGCAACCGGGAGUGGGAGGAAGUGUCCCAGCUUCUGAAGGAAGGCAUUCUGGGAGGUGUGGUCCAGCCGCUAAAGACCACAGUGUUUGAGAGGGACCAAGUGGAGGAAGCAUUCAGAUACAUGGCUCAGGGCAAACACAUUGGCAAGGUCCUCCUGCAGGUCUGUCAGGAGGAGAGGGGUUCAGCAGUCCAAACUGCUCCCCCUUUGUCUUUUCCAGCCAUUUGCCGCACCUUCUGCCCCUCCUCCCACUCCUACAUCAUCACCGGUGGGCUGGGGGGCUUCGGUCUGGAGCUUGCUCAGUGGCUGACAGAGAGAGGAGCCCGCAAACUGGUGCUGACCUCCAGAUCCGGCAUCAGAAACGGUUACCAGGCGAAGCGAGUGCGUGAAUGGCAGAGUCGAGAUGUGGAGGUGCUGGUGUCGACCAACGAUGUCAGCACGCUGGAGGGAGCAAAGCGACUCCUCGCUGAGGCCUGCGCUCUGGGCCCUGUGGGAGGUGUCUUCCACCUUGCCAUGGUGUUAAAAGACGGCAUGCUGGAGAAUCUGACUCCUCAGCUCUUCCUUGAUGUUAACAAACCUAAAUAUGAUGGCACCAUAAACCUGGACAAAGUGACAAGAGAGUCGUGUCCAGACCUCAGCCAUUUUGUGGCCUUCUCCUCAGUCAGCUGCGGCCGCGGCAAUGCUGGCCAAAGUAACUACGGUUACGCCAACUCAGCCAUGGAGCGCGUGUGUGAGCAGCGCCACAACGACGGCUUACCUGGACUGGCGGUGCAGUGGGGUGCCAUCGGUGACGUGGGCGUGGUGCUGGAGACCAUGGGCGGAAACGACGCUGUGAUUGGCGGCACCCUGCCGCAGCGCAUCACUUCCUGCCUGGAUGUGCUCGACCUUUUCCUAUGCCAGCAGCGGCCGGUGAUGUCCAGCUUCGUGCUGGCAGAGAGGGUGACGGUAAAGAGCGAGGCAGGAAGCCGGAGAGACUUGGUGGACGCUGUAGCUCACAUUCUUGGCGUGCGUGACGUGAACAGCCUGAACGCUGAUGCCUCCCUGGCUGACCUGGGCCUGGACUCUUUGAUGGGUGUUGAGGUUCGCCAGACUCUGGAGCGCGACUACGACAUCGUCAUGGCCAUGAGGGAGAUCCGGCAGAUCACCAUCAACAAGCUGCGAGAGCUGGCCAACAGCAAGCCAGGCGGAUCAAAUGAGUCUCAGAGCGCUGCAGCUAAGAGGGACGCCGUUCGCUCUUUGCUGGAGUCUGAUCUGACUCAGCUGUUGGUCAACCCCAGCGGCCCCACGGUUACGCCCCUCAACAAGGUCCAGAGCCAGGAGAGGCCCCUGUUCCUGGUCCACCCCAUCGAGGGCUCCAUUUCCGCCUUCAAGACACUCGCCUUCAAGCUGAGCAUGCCUUGUUACGGACUGCAGUGCACCCAAGCUGCUCCUCUGGACAGCAUCCAGUCCCUGGCAGCCUACUAUGUGGACUGUAUCAGACAGGUUCAGCCUGACGGGCCCUAUCGAAUCGCCGGCUACUCCUUUGGUGCCUGCGUAGCGUUUGAAAUGUGCUCUCAGCUUCAGACCCAGAAUCUACCUGUGGAGUACCUCUUUCUGUUCGAUGGGUCACACUCCUAUGUGGCAGCGUACACGCAGAGCUACAGGGCCAAGCUGACACCAGGCAAAGAGUCUGAGGCUGAAACCGAAGCCCUGUGUGCCUUCAUCCAGCAGUUCACUGGCCUCGCAUACAACAAGCUUCUGGAGACUCUUCUACCGCUGCCGGACCUGGAGGCCCGCGUCAACGCCGCUGUGGACCUGAUCACCUCCAGCCACAAGAACAUCAGCCGAGACUCGCUGCACUUCGCAGCCACCGCCUUCUACUACAAGCUGAAGGCCGCUGACGGCUAUGUGCCCGCGUCAAAGCUUCAUGGCAACGUGACACUACUGCGUGCCAAGACCAGCAGCGAAUACGAGCAGAACCUGGGAGCUGACUACAAGCUCAGCGAGGUUUGCGAUGGCAAGGUGUCAGUCCACGUCAUCGAGGGAGACCACCGCACCUUCCUGGAAGGGGAGGGGGUGGAGUCCAUCAGCAGCAUCAUCCACAGCUCACUGGCUGAGCCUCGGGUCACAGCAAGGGAGGGCUAGACAUGUCCCACUGAACAUCCCACUAACAUCACAACAUUCCCAACUUUGUUUUAUACGCAGAGAAUAAUACACAGCAUGUUUACGCUCAGUGCCACUUUGCCCUGAUAUCCCAAAUGCACCUUACUGCACCUCUUUUAAGUUCAUUGGUCAAUUCAAGCAAUGGACUCUCUCCCUGACCUAUCAGAACUCUUAGCUGGCGUCUUCCUGUUGCUAAAUGAAAUGUGCUCUUCAAAGUUGUCUCAUUAUGCUACCAUGUUUCAUUCAGCCUUGUUUUGGAUUGUAGUAGGGAUCCCAGUUUAAGAAAUCUCUCCAAUCAAAAGUCAGCUAUAGCCCCGUAGUUCCUUAAUAUUGGUCAUUAAUAAAAGGCAACAUCUUUCAAUAUUUACAUGGGCAAUAUUCAUUAGGUAUAUAAGAAUAAAUAGAAGUAAAACAUCUGCACUAUGAAUUACAGAACACAAAAUGAUUCAUUACUUAAAAUAGCUGCUUGUGUAUGCUCCCGUUCCAUCUGUCAGUGUUCAAAUAAUGACCAAGCAAUAUUCAAAACUGACAGGCUUCAAUGUCCACACAGAUUAGACUAAUUUACUCUGAAAAAAGCUAACCCCCCCCUUGUAUCUGUAGUCUGUUAGCAAGCAACAUUAUCAAGUAGUUCAGUGUCCCAAUAACACUCAAACUGGUUUUAUUGAAGCUAGUCCAUUUGCUACAUGGUCUGCUCAAGUAGAACCAGUCUGCCACAGAUGUCUAAAUCAUGUAAAGCCAACUGUGUUUUUCCUGGAAAUCUUUGAUAUUCCCCUCUGAGAGUAAAUGGGUUUUCCAUCUAGUGAAGUAAGGACGGUUAUCAGCUUCUGUUAGUUAUUUAGUGAACUUGGUACUUGACCACCAGGUAAACGGAACAAAUACCCAGUCCACGCUCCAAAGUAUCCAUUAGGAGUGAUAUGCUGGAUGACAUUGUACUGAGAGCCAGGUUUAUCUGUUGCUCUAUGACCGUGUUUUUUACGGAGCCCUCCAUUUUUGCAUUAACUGAAAUAAAUGAGGGUGCUGCGUCAGUAAAUGUUUUGAUCAAUUCAAUGAUUAACUAUUAUCAAUGAUUCACAUCUCUAGAUUGUAAUAGAAUGUCUGACACAGCAUGUUCCACCUGUACUUCUAACAUCUAGACAACUAGAAAAAUAAUGUAGCUUUGCAUAGCAUGAAAUGCAGACUCUUUCUCAGCAAUGUACACAUCCGUGCUACUCAGCCGUUAGACAGGGUUAUUUCAUAACGGCACACUAAUGCAUGGAGGGCUUGUGUCUUCUACUCUAAAUGACCUGUCCAUGUCCUUUACCCAGUGAAGGCUUCUCUCUUACUGUAUAUGCACACACACACACACACACACACACACACACACACACACACACACACACACACGCACACGCACGCACACGCACCUGUUAAACUGCCGUGGUGAAAUUCCUCCUGACCUAGCACUGUCGCAUAAGUUAACCUGAUAGUAUUGGUAAUAUGACUAUUUGGAUUUAGUUUUGUUUUAAUUUUGUAUUUAUUAUUUGUUUUGUCAAAAAUAAGUUUGUUUACCUGUGUAUCAGGGGACGCAAUCACUUUGUGUUUUAGUUUUUGUUUGUUUUCAUCAUCUUUUGCCUCGAGGCGAAGCAGGAACUGUUGUUACUCUUUUCUCCUAAGCCAAGCCAAACCAAAACUCUGACAGCUGUGAACACAGUAUGUCAUAAAACAUGUGUUAUCACAAUGUAGUAUAAUUAAGAGUAAUAUUGCUGAAUGACCUCUAUAGACCACACUGAUCUAUAAAAAAGAUGCUGUUUACAGGACAUGGGGAAACGUUUUUUAUUUUUAAAUUUUAAGAAUUAUCAAAACCACAAAAAUACCCCCAUACUAAUAACAUCUAAUUAUUAAUGUUUGUAACCAACAGUUACUAUAAGUAUCCUGCAGUAAUUCAAUUAACAUUUUUAGAGAGGAAGAUGUUGCAUUUGCCAGACAGAGAACUUGUUACAGGGCUUACUCUGAAUUAUAAGGAACCGUUCCACUGAUAAACUGUAGGUAGUCUGAUAGGUGACAGAGUCCAGGCCCAACACAUUCAGUUUAUUGGUUGCUCUGCCCCGAAACAAAUGACCGGCUCUCUUGUGAACACAAGGUGUUCUUAGGGCAAGAACUAGUGACAGUCCCAGUGUUUAGUUAGACACAUAGAGAUAAACUGAAUAGGUUUGGUACGUAAAUAUGUCUGUAAAUGUUGCAUCCUUUCCCAAAUCAGCAUUUAGGUUGUGAAUGACUACUAAGUUGUAUGUGGACAUAACUGAUGUGAACUUUCCUGGGAUCCUUGCUGAGCUGUCUCUGACUCCAAUGACCCUCACUGCAGCAGCAACAUAGCCCACCUGAUCUCUGAGACCUCUGAUCUGGUCUAUGAAGAGUCAGCUGACUCCAGGCAAAUGUGCUGAUUGAUUUCAGUGAAAAGGAGAAGGAAGAGACCGUAUGCUCACUUCUUGUAUUGUAAUAUUUCCAGUAUGUACUGUUAUUGCUAAUAAAGGUCUCUCGCUAAUCACUUUA